AAGCGUGUAGGACUUUAAGUAAGUUCUUUGCUUCUUUUCUUCAUAAAAUCCUCUGCUUUAGGUCCUCUUAUGAAGUCAUGGAAGAUUUUGCUUUUCGUCUCAUCUUAAAACUAUGAAGAUUUCAAUUCAACCCAUUUUUAUUUAUAAUUGAAUAAAUUUUAUUGAAAAUUAAGCGUUAUAAGCGGUUCCGUAAAUCUUUCCGCUCUCACACUUCACCCUAAUUGUUUUCUUCCCAUAUAAAAAUUGUAUGUAAUUACCAAAUUGUUGCACACUCGCUUACGAGCUCAUUUCAGAAUCUGUCUACAAGUAUUUAUUAUUUCGAUAGAAUACAUCUAGUAUGUUGGCAUGAGCAUGUUUGUGAGUUUGUUUGUAUAUACAUAGGUACAUAUAACGACAAACAUAUUGUUAUGGUUUUCCCAUUGCGAUCGUAAUCGCACUGUGAACGCCCGCGCGUUUGACGAACCCACAGCAAUCGCCCAGCUAUUCCCCAAUGUUUUGUCAGUGCAACAAUUUGGCUGUCAGCCGGGCGGACGAAAUGUCAGUCAGCCACUUGGCGGAUGGAUGCUCAGUCAAAUGUGCAAAAUUUGUCUACAAAAUUGCUGCUCAACGCUCACAGAACGGCGCUAUUCCACUGGCGCUGAAACAGUCGAGGACAGAUUUUCCGGAAAGACGGUACUUGCGCUGGGUGGCGCGCAUCACCAUUGCUAUGAAACGCGACGCGAAAAAAAAAAUAGAAAAAUUUAAAUACCAAACAAGUGAAAAAUUCUCGCGGACGCGUUGCGACAUAUCUAAUUGAAUUAAUGCAUUAAUGCAAUUUGUACAAUAAAAAAAUUUUAAAAAUUGCACUUGAAUUUUGUCAAAAAUAAAAUUAAAUAAAAUAGAUAUACAAAUUGGCGACACUCGCGCGGUCACAUCAGUAUUUGUUGUUCGUAUGCCAAUUGUGGUUCAGUCGCUUAUCGAGACUGGAUGCGCAACAGCGCCUCCGCACGGUACGGUAUUCUGGUGGCUAAAUAUAUCCCUCCUUUACUUUUCUUCUUCGUACAAAAAUUCCGCGUCCGUACGCGUUUAUGUCGCACACUUUUUCGCGCUCAACGUCGGUGACCAACGUAAACAUUCAAACUGAGCUCGUCAAAGCCACCGAUACCGCCGCGCGCGCUACACGAGCUGCAAACAUUCACAAUUGCUGGCGAUGACACUGGUCACAGCGGCAGUGGCGGCGGUAGCGACAACAGAAGAAGCAGUGGCAGCCAUGUUUAUGACAGCGGUGACACUUCAGCGUAUGCGUUGCGCAGGCAUAGUGGCGCGCGUGGUUCAAUUGGUGGCGGCGGCGUUCGGGAAGGUGGCGCGGCUAAGGCCAGAAUACGUGAGACGCGUCUAUCACCAGCGGCGCUCAGCAGACGUGAACUGAAAAUGGCUAUGCGUAAUGGCGUUGCUGCUGCUGGCGGUAUGGGCAGUGGUGGUGGCGUUAGCGGUGGUGGACCGCCACCAGCUCCGUCUUCGGGCAUGGGCACGGGCAAUAUAUUGCGUAAAAUCCCGACAGUAUCGGCGAGCUAUGACAACGAGACGCAUACCGGUUCGAGGAGUAGCGCGAUCAAUUCGAGUCAACCAAAAUUCAUACGUCCGGAUAUGGUUGAUGUGCCCGCUCAGCAGGCCGCCGGAUCAACAUUACCCUUGGUGUUGACGCGAAAGAAAGGCGAUGAAGAGGAUACCAAUUAUAAUCCGUUCGAGCACCGGAAAGUCGAUCAUCCAACCUCCGAUUUGGAAACCCUCGUGCAUCUGCUCAAAGGUUCACUGGGUUCGGGUAUACUUGCCAUGCCAAUGGCAUUUCUCAAUGCCGGUCUGUGGUUCGGUCUAAUAGCCACAUUCGCGGUGGGCGCACUCUGCACCUACUGCGUACACAUACUCGUCAAAUGUGCGCACAUACUGUGUCGGCGGCGUAAAAUCCCCAUGAUGGGUUUCGCCGAUGUCGCCGAACAGGCCUUCCUUGACGGGCCGCCCAGCCUGAAUCGUUGGUCACGCUUCAUACGUUUCAUGGUAAAUGUUUUCCUUGUACUCGAUUUGAUCGGUUGCUGUUGCAUUUAUCUGGUAUUCGUCGGUACAAAUGUGAAGGCUGUAUUGGAUGAAUAUAUGGAUGAACCGUUGAAUAUACGCCUGUGGAUUGUAAUUGUUACCUGUCCGUUGCUGGUAAUGUGCCUGGUGCGCAAUCUCAAGUUUCUCACACCCUUCUCGAUGAUCGCCAAUAUUUUGAUGUUUGUUGGUAUUGUGAUUACCUUCGUUUAUAUAUUCGAUGAUUUGCCAGCGCCAGAGGAACGCGAUGGUAUUGUGGAUGCUGUGCAAUGGCCGCUCUUCUUUGGUACUGUCAUCUUUGCGCUGGAAGGUAUUGGUGUAGUUAUGUCACUGGAGAAUGACAUGAAGAACCCUUCACAUUUUAUUGGCUGCCCAUCGGUGUUGAAUUUCGGCAUGAGUGUUGUUAUUGCACUUUAUACGCUGGUCGGUUUCUUUGGCUACUUGAAGUACGGUUCGGAAACACAGGGCAGUGUUACGUUGAAUUUACCAAAGGAGGACAAGUUGGCACAAUCUGUUAAGUUGAUGAUCGCUUUGGCGAUUUUCUUCACCUUCACAUUGCAGUUCUACGUGCCCGUCAGCAUCAUUUGGAAGGGCAUCUCGCACAAAAUCUCUGAGGAACGCAAAAAUAUUAGCGAAUAUGCGUUGCGUAUCGCUUUGGUGAUUCUGUGCGGCGGCAUUGCUGUUGCGCUGCCCAAUUUGGGUCCCUUCAUUUCGCUAAUCGGUGCUGUGUGCCUGAGUACGCUCGGCAUGAUCAUACCAUCGGUUAUCGAAUUGGCUGUGUAUCGCGAGGAGCCCGGCUAUGGACGUUUCAAGUGGCGUUUAUGGAAAGAUAUCGGCCUGAUUAUAUUCGGUAUAGUCGGCUUUGUAACGGGCUUAUAUGUAAGCAUACUCGAAUUCCAUGCCGAAUUCAGCGGUAGCCAUAUUGGUGAUAAUGCCUCAUAAAUACAUACAUAUGUACAUAUAUGAGUGUAUAUGUUAAGUGAGUGUGAGUGAGUGACCUGCAGUAUCACAAACAAAAAAAGAAAGAAUAACAAUAACAAAGAGAUAAAAAAUAAUUCAUAGAAAGAAAAAAUUAAAAUAUUAAAAAGUAAUAAAUUAUAAUGUUAAUAAUAUGCAAGCUAAUAAUAUUCUAAUAUACACAUAAUUACAUAUAAAUGCAUAUACAUAGUUUUAGUGAAGUAGUUUAGUGAAAAACAAUGAAAAAACAAAAACAAAAAACCUUUUAAAUGCAGCUUUAUAUCGAUUUGCAUAUCGUAAACGAUUUUUUUUUAAACAAAACCAAACCAAAAUAAAUGCAAAAAGUUAACACACACUUUGUAGAACUACUUAUACAUACAUACAUAUACAUAUAUAUUACCACAAACACUGUAAUUUAUAAGUGAUUAUAUCAAAAAAAAAAAACAAAAAUAUUUAUAUUAACUUUUAACAUUUUUAAUUGAGAAACAAAACAAGAAAAUCUUAAAAGCCGACAAAUGAAAAAUAAAAAACACAACAAAAUGCACAAAACGAGUGAAAAAUGUCAAAGAUAUUGAGCAAAAAUUAUGCCGUUAAAGUUACAAGCGUAGUGUGUAUAUGUAUUGCGUUGCACUAAAACAGCGUUGAUUUAGUAAUGUAAGAUUUUUAUUUAGUUUGUAAAUAAUGAAGAGAAAACUAAUAAUGAAGAAAACUAAUAAUGUAUGUACGUAUGUAAACUUUUCACUUCAGUUGCCGCCUUAAAGCGAGAGCGAGAAAAAAAUCUAAUACUGAGGCUGGCCAAAGAACGAAAAAAAAAAA